AUGCCGGAUUUGAGCGCCGAAUCAUGUGACUUCCCGGGAGCCUCCGCUGCGGUCUGCGGCAUGGACAUUGGUUGCCGCGGGGAUGACCAGCCUGGCCACUUUGACCUUCUGGAGUCGGGCCCUGCCCUGUUGAGGGGGGCGACCAUGACCUACACUGCCAGCGUGCACGAGGGCCGAGCCGCCCCCUGUUGCCGUGACAGUGACACCCUGAGUGCCCCGCGAGACGGGUGGCACCUGGCGUCCAGUGGGCAGCCGCCUCCCACCCUCGUGGCCCCGCGCUGCCUGACGAUGGGCCGGCCCCCCUCCCUGGUGGCCCCUCCAGGAGACAGGCCCUACAGGAGCCUGGAGGACCUUCACAGGGCCCCUACAGCCCACCUCGCUGGGGGUCCCAUCAGCCCACCCUGCCCGGGUAUGCAGGGCAAGUUGGUGUUGCGCUGCCAGGCUGCGAGCGACUGGUGCGAGGCGCUGAGGGGCCCCCCAUCCAUCGACACUGCGAUCCGGGCCUAUGGAGACAGGCCGGCAAUGGGGAGGGAGCUGCCUCCGUUCCCCAGGACCCUCCAGUGGCCGCUCCCAGCUGCCGGCGAGGGGCUUCGAACCGGUGGUGCCCUCAGGGGCCUGAAGGAGAAGCUCAGGCUUCUGAGCAGCAAGCCCAAUGAGGCAAGCAAACCUGUCCGCCCCUGGGCCCCAAUGGCGGAGCUCACCGGAGGGAUGAACUGCGGAUGCUUUGGGCCCGGGUGCCCAGCGAGGGCCUGCGGAACCCUAGGGGCUGCCUCACGGGGUGGGCCUGCCGCACCACCUCAGAGGUGGGCAGCCAGUCCCGCGGAGAUCAAGGAGGAGGCCGCCAGGAGGCUGAGGCUGCGGAGGCAGAACAGCACACCCAACCUGGCGCUGCCUCUGAGGGAGGGGGUCAGGGGCGAGGUGGUCAGGUCUCAGACGGUGGGGGGGAGGGAGGCGACCGGGCUGCCCCCCCGAGGGCCGGCAGAGGAGGCCUCUGACAGGAGCCGGAAGUCCCCCCGUAUCCACAUUCCGUCCUUCGAGGAGUUCAAGAGGAUGAGGGUGAAGGCCCCCACACCGAGCCCCGAGGCGGAGAUGCGGGGGGGCGUCGAAGGGGUCUCCAGGGUCCCCGCGGGUCCGCUGCUGACCGAGUCCCAGUCCUGCCCGCCCCAGCGGGGGCUUUUGGCCCCAUCCUGCAACCGAGAGCCCUCUCGCCAAACCCCACUUCCUCCCCUCGGUGCCAGUCAGGCACAGCAAGAUCCCGACACACCCGCAAGUCCCGGCAAAGAGCACCUCGCUCCACCCGUCUGCAUCGGACCGGCUCCCAGCUCUCCCCUGCAGACAGUGGCCAUCCCCCUCGGCAGCUCGGAGCCGGGGAGCAGGCACCAAGAAGCCAGACAGAGGGACGCCAAUGGCCCGGAGAAGAGCUCAGCGGCCGAGGCCCAAUCGUCCUGCUGCCCCUCCCUCCUGCUGGAAGCGGCUGCCGAUCUGUCUGCCUACGGGGUGACGUUUCAGCAGAUGAAGGACGGUCUGAUAGGAUCAGCCAUCGACCUCAUCAAGAAAAGCUGCACUGCAGAAUCCGCAGCUAUAGAGCCAACGCAUCACCGGCAGCUGGAUGACAUCACUGUCAAUGAAAGGAGCAGUCAAUCAGGCCCGGUUUCCGCGGCGACCCUGGGUGGCAGCAUUCCGAAGGCUACUGCUGGACUUUGCCAGGUGGACUGUCGUUCCCUCCCCAACUGCCGGAGAUCCAGUUCGGACGCGGCCUAUGGGACUACGGAGACGGCCAAGGCCCAGCGGGAAUGCCGCCUGCGCCCCCACUUCAGUGACCCCAUGCCGGCCGACGCGGUGAAGCGGAAGCAGUUGGAGAUGAGGAUUGCAGCCGCUGCCUGGGGACUAGGGCAGAAGCGGCGCCAAGACAAGGAAGGCAGUGGAUGUCCGCUCUCGAACCCAGCCACCAGGGCGGACGACACCUCCCCCACCUCUGGACCCCGGGAUCACCGCCUACAGCCUGGGCCCUCCCAUCGGCCGAAGCACCGCUGGAGUGACCUGAGCACCGACAGUGGCGUGGUGGGACUGAACGACAGGAGCGAGGAGAGGGAGGAGGAAGAGGAGGAGGAGGAGGCAGAGGAGGAGGAGAGGGCGAGGAAGGGCCGGCCAGGGGAGGUGGAGCGAGCGGACAGCGGCAUCGGGCCCGGCACGGCCAAGAAGUGGAGGAGCCGGGUGGAGGAGACGGCCCGCUCCGUGCAGGCCUGGGUGACCCACCGCCCCUGCGUCGACUGCGGGGAGAGGGACGUCUUGGAGCCCGACCCGGUGCCCGUGGGGAGGCGGCGGGAGAACCUGUGCGGCAAGUGUGCCAAGCGCAGGAGGGAGCGCAAGGAGGCCAUCCUGGAGUUCGUCAACACCGAGUCCAGCUACGGCGAGGACCUGCGCAUCAUCAGGGAGGAGUUCCACCUGCCCAUGCAGGCAGCUGGCCUCCUAACCCCAGAACAGCUGGCGGUGGUCUUCAGCAACAUCCAGGAGCUCAUCGAGGUCAACGAGAAGUUCCUAGAGAGGUUGCUGGAUUCCACAGAGCAAGCCUUUGAUCAGAAUGAUGAGGACUUUUUGACCGUGUGCAUUGGUGAGAUGUUCCUGGAAUUCGUUAACAUGCUGCCAGCUUUUCAGACUUACUGCAUCCACCAGUCUUCAUCUAUCAACCUACUCAACUCUCUGGAGAAGGAGAAGGAACUUCUCAGGAUCUUCCUUGACGUGUCACAGAACGACAAUACUGCGCUGCGUCGCAUGAACCUGCGCUCCUUCCUGAUGGCCCCACUGCAGCGAGUCACCAAGUACCCGCUGCUCCUGAGCCGGAUCAGCAGCUCGACGCCGGAGUACCACCCGGACCACCGGGGUCUGCGGGAGGCCAAGAGCAGGGUGGAGUCCCACCUGGAGCACAUCAACAUGAGGAGCAGGCAGGAGGGCGCCCCGCUCUGGCCCCUCCGCUCCUUCCGGCGCGGGAGCCGCCGUCACCGGGAGGCCGCCGACGUGGAGAUGAGGGAGGUGGCCAUCCGGGCAGUGGGCUGGCCGAGGGAAGAGACGCGCUUCGCCAUGGAAGGCACACUCCAGUCCUCGCAGCCCAGCGACGGCCAGUGGUCCAAGAAGGGGAGCAGGUCCCUCAAGUUCCAGAACCUCCACGCGCUCCUGAUGGUCAACAAACCGGAGCCGGAGCCCGGCCAGGAAGGCACGGCGUCUGGCGGGAGCGGAUGGGAGGUGGCGCGGGACGCCGCGCUGGUGCUGAUCCGGGACAAGAGUGGCGGCAAGUUCUCCCUCUUUCGCCGGCCCAUCCACCUGGGCAACUGCGUGGUGUCCUCGGACCCGGACUGCGACGACACCUUCGAGCUGCUGGAGAUCCCCAAGGAGGUGUUCGUCUUCCGCGACGUGGACCAGCCACGGACCCAGCACUGGUUCAGGCUGGUCAAGCGUUACUCACAGGACCUGGGCUCCUGGCGCAAGAGGCGCAAUGCGCUUCCCAAUAUCAUGAUCAACGCCACCUACAGCAGAGCCUGAAUCUGCGGGGUUAUCUCCCUGAGCAACGCCCCGACACAAGCAUUGUUAC